AUGAAUUGCAAAUAUAAAAGCGGAAAUUAUAUUGGGGAUGAUGGAGCUUCUACUAUUGGUAAAGCACUUGGUAACUUCAAGUUCCUAACUAAUCUCAAAUUUGACAUUUCGGGCAAUGAAAUCGGUGAUAAAGGAGCAUAAAAUAUUGGAUUAGGUUUGAGUAACUGCACUCAACUUACAAAUUUAGAAUUUUGCAUACGCUACAAUUAAAUUGGGGAUGAUGGAGCUUCUACUAUUGGUGCAGCACUUGGUAACUUCAAGUUCCUAACUAAUCUCAAAUUUAACAUUUCGUUCAAUAAAAUCGGUGAUAAAGGAGCAUAAAAUAUUGGAUUAGGUUUGAGUAACUGCACUCAACUUACAAAUUUAGAAUUUUACAUAAGCAACAAUUAAAUUGGGGAUGAUGGAGCUUCUACUAUUGGUGCAGCACUUGGUAACUUCAAGUUCCUAAUUAAUCUCACAUUUUACAUUUAGGGCAAUUAAAUCGGUGAUAAAGGAGCAUAAAAUAUUGGAUUAGGUUUGAGUAAUUGCACUCAACUAACAAAUUUAAUUUUUAGCUCAGAGUAAAUUUGA